AUGCUGCAGCCGAGGCUCUGUACACUUAGAUCAUAUGGCGGUGGUGAUUGUGUAAGUGUAAUCAAGGCCAAGAAUGAUGAUCAAGUUUCGCCUUUCUUCGCGACAUUAACUGAAUAUAUAGAGAGCUCCAAGAAGAGUCAGGACUUUGAGAUCAUCUCCGGUCGCCUUGCCAUGAUGGUGUUUGCAGCAACAGUAAGCAUAGAGAUGGUGACUGGAAAUUCUGUAUUCAGAAAAAUGGAUUUGCAAGGUAUUGAGGAAGCUGCAGGGGUAUGCUUGGUGGCGGUGACGAGUGCGGCAUUUAUCGCCUGGUUAUCGAGUGCACGUAAAGGGGUAGGUCGAAUGUUUACUAUCCGUUGCAAUACGUUGAUCGACUCACUUGUCGAUCAAAUCAUCGACGGUUUAUUUUAUGAAGUUGACCCAAGUGAUUGGUCUGAUGAUCAAUUUUAG